AUGCAAGAACCAACUGACGAGGUUCUGAUCAAUUGUUGGCAUGAUUUUUUACAAACACCUUAUGGGCAGUCUAAUGUUCCAGACUGGUUUGAUAAAUUACAAGCUGUCAUUCAAACUCAAGAAUCAGAAGAUGAACCUUCUGAAGAACAGGAGACAACUCGAGAAGAGUGGAUGAUAUUAUCAGACCUCAACACUCCUUUUGACAACUCUGAACAAACACCAGAGUCCACAUAUGACUGGCAUCGUGACAGAGUCGAUUAUUCUCAACAACAAAUCCAAGAAAUGCCAACAUGGAUAAAAACAAACAAAGAGGAAUACACUAUUGAUGAGCAAUAUGUUGUUGUUGACAUCAACAGUUUUAGUGAAAUGCAAAAACUUGCUUAUGAUAUUGUUAAGUCUCAUUUUGAUGAUAUAUCAUCCGAGAAAGAGCCAUUAUGUCUCAUUAUAAAUGGUGUUGCAGAAACUGGUGAAGGUUACCUUAUUAAUGCUAUUAGAAAUCUUUUGCAAAGUAAAUGUGCUGUUGCUGCCACCACAGGUAAAGCAGCUUAUAACAUUAGAGGUGUAACUGUGCAUUCUCUAUUAAAGUUACCUAUAGGAUCAAGAGGUAAAAAAGACCUAACAGGACAAAGCUUGUGUAGGUUACAAGAGAGUGUUAAUAACAUUGGAUACAUCAUUAUUGAUGAAUACUCCAUGCUUGGCCAAGUUACUUUUGGUUGGAUAGACAAGCGUUGCAAACAAGCAACUGGUUAUAAUGACAACGUUUUUGGAGGAAAAUCAUUGAUUUUAACUGGUGAUCCAGGUCAAUUGCUACCAGUAGCAGAUAAACCUCUUUACCAUGCUAGACCAUCAAACGCUGUUGGUGAACAAGGUCAUCCAGCAUAUCAUAUGUUUGACAAGGUUGUUAAACUGACGGUAAAUCAACGUGUGCAGGGUAUGACAUCUGAGCAAGUACAGUUCAGAGAUUUGUUAUUACGACUUCGCAAAGGCAACUCAACAGUUGAUGACUGAAGAUUCUACUAGACUCUUUUAUAGUAAUGAACAAGUUGCUAAUUACAACCAUGAGCAGCUAACAAAACUUGAGCAUCCAGUUGCUCAUAUUAAUGCUCGCCAAUCAUCAGCAUUGGCAAAAAAGAUAUCCUCAGAUGAUAUGUCUGGGUUAGAACCUGUUGUGUUUCUAGCAAAAGGUGCUAGGGUCAUGUUAACCAUGAAUUUGUGGUCAAGUGUUGGUCUCUGCAAUGGUGCUACUGGGACAGUUGUUGAUAUUAUCUAUCAGAACAACCAUCAACCACCUGACUUACCUAUUGCGGUAAUAGUAGAAUUUGAAAACUAUAGAGGACCUGUUUUUAAUGAAAACCAACCAUUGUGUAUCCCAAUAUAUCCAAUCACUGUCACAUCACAGACAGAAAUAGGCUUCCAUGAGAGACAACAGUUACCUCUUAGGCUUGCUUGGGCUCUAACAAUACACAAAAGCAUGGAUAGAUAUUGGCAAAUCUGA